AUGACGGAUCAAGCUCCCGUACCCCAACUUCCUCCAUCUCGAGGACCAGCUCCCCCGCUCCCAGACAAGCCCCCAUCUGUCGCGGAGCGGACUCGCUUGCUGCGAUCCAGCUUCCGUAAAGAUGAUAUUGAGAAGCCUAAAGUGCCAGAGAAGCCAGAUAAUAGAAACAUUAUAAACACAGCGUCCAAAUCUGACCAUAAGGGAUCCAACAACUCAGUUAACGGUGAAAGGUCUCCUUCGCCAUCUCAAAGCAGUAGUAGUCCUACAGUGACCAGUCCAGGUUGUGUCACAUCUCCAACGGGCAACUUGCCACCCCAGAAGCCACCAUUGCCUGAGAAAAAUGUGCCGCAUACACCUGUUGCAGAUGUUAACAAAGAAGUAAAUGGAAGAAGUUCUCCAGGAGUGUCAGCACCU